CUGUGAUGACUUUUUGUUGGAAAGCCUGAGAAAAUAGGGGUGCAGAGGGUUUUGAAAUGACACACUAACCCGUGAUGCAGCAGGAUUUCCUUGUGAGCAGGAGCUGACUUCAGGGCUGUGAUUAAUCUGAGAGGAUGUAACUGUUACUGACUGCUCAACAGAGAGUGUGCAGUUGAAAUUCUGUGUUGCUGCUGCUGAUGGACACAUGGAUUUACAUCAGUGAGAGUGGGUAGUGGGAAUGAAGCUGGGUGAAAAAUUAAUGCCAGUUCUGGAGGUUGGGAGCACUUCAUCCAUCUAGAGCCCCUGUGUCCUGGGGACUGCAGUCCACAGCCUCUGGUGCUUCCUAACAUUUCCCCAAGUGCUGGAGGUGACUGGUUCACUGAGGGCCAGCAUUUCUGGCCGAAUGUCCCAGCCAGGAUGCUGUGGUCUGAAGUUGUGAGGGCAGCUGGAGCCCUGCUGCUGGAGCCCUGUGCCCGGGGUCUCUGAGCUUGUCACCUCCUGUCCCCGUCCACAGCCUGCCCUUCAUGGUGUGCAGACUUGGACGAGACUUCUUCUGCAACUGCAGUGCACUUUGGAGAGUGGAGAAGACUGGACUUUGACAUUCUUUUCAUGAAAGAGGUUUCCAAGUAGUUGUCUUAUAAUUACUUUAAGAAGAAGUUCUAUGUAGCUCUUACUUCCAAGAGUGCUGCAAAAAUGAUUACUUCAGAUUUGCCAGUACUACAGGAUUCUACAAAUGAAACUACUGCACAUUCAGAUGCUGGCAGUGAGCUUGAAGAAGCAGAAGUCAAAGGAAAAAGAAAAAGGGGCCGUCCCGGCAGGCCUCCAUCUGCCACGAAGAAGCCCCGCAAGUCCCCGGCGGACAAGGGGCGUUCCGACGCCGGCGCUCGGGGAGCGAGUCGUGGGAGAGCCAACGGGCACCCGCAGCAGAAUGGAGAGGGGGACCCUGUCACCCUGUUCGAGGUGGUUAAGCUGGGCAAGAGUGCUAUGCAGUCUGUGGUGGACGACUGGAUUGAAUCAUAUAAACAAGACAGGGACAUAGCACUUCUGGAUUUAAUCAACUUCUUUAUCCAGUGUUCAGGAUGUCGAGGUACGGUAAGAAUUGAAAUGUUCAGGAACAUGCAAAAUGCAGAAAUCAUAAGGAAAAUGACAGAAGAAUUUGAUGAGGACAGUGGUGAUUAUCCCCUGACCAUGCCUGGGCCUCAGUGGAAGAAGUUCCGCUCCAACUUCUGCGAGUUCAUCGGGGUGCUGAUCCGGCAGUGCCAGUACAGCAUCAUCUACGACGAGUACAUGAUGGACACGGUGAUCUCGCUGCUCACCGGCCUCUCCGACUCGCAGGUCCGCGCCUUCCGGCACACCAGCACGCUGGCUGCUAUGAAGCUUAUGACUGCUCUUGUGAAUGUUGCCUUAAACCUGAGCAUUCAUCAGGACAAUACACAGAGGCAGUAUGAAGCUGAGAGAAACAAAAUGAUUGGCAAAAGAGCUAAUGAAAGAUUGGAGCUGCUGCUUCAGAAAAGAAAAGAGCUACAAGAAAACCAAGAUGAAAUCGAAAAUAUGAUGAACUCUAUUUUUAAGGGUAUAUUUGUUCAUAGAUACCGUGAUGCUAUUGCUGAGAUUAGAGCUGUCUGUAUUGAAGAAAUUGGUGUCUGGAUGAAAAUGUACAGUGAUGCCUUCCUGAAUGAUAGUUAUUUAAAAUAUGUUGGUUGGACACUACAUGACAGGCAAGGUGAAGUGAGGUUGAAGUGUUUGAAAGCUCUUCAGAGUCUGUAUACCAACAGAGAGUUGUUUCCCAAACUGGAGCUGUUCACAAAUAGAUUCAAGGACCGCAUCGUGUCCAUGACGCUGGACAAGGAGUACGACGUCGCUGUGGAAGCCAUUCGAUUGGUCACGCUCAUCCUCCAUGGGAGUGAGGAGGCUCUGUCCAAUGAAGACUGUGAGAAUGUUUAUCACCUGGUGUACUCAGCACACCGGCCUGUGGCAGUAGCAGCUGGGGAGUUCCUCCACAAAAAGCUGUUCAGCAGACAUGAUCCCCAAGCUGAAGAGGCUCUAGCAAAGAGGAGAGGGCGAAAUAGCCCAAAUGGAAACCUUAUUAGAAUGUUGGUUCUUUUCUUUCUUGAAAGUGAGUUGCAUGAACAUGCAGCCUAUUUGGUGGACAGCUUGUGGGAGAGCUCUCAAGAACUGCUGAAAGACUGGGAAUGUAUGACAGAAUUGCUCUUGGAGGAGCCAGUCCAAGGAGAAGAAGCGAUGUCGGACCGGCAGGAGAGCGCCCUGAUCGAGCUGAUGGUGUGCACCAUCCGGCAGGCUGCCGAGGCACAUCCCCCCGUGGGCAGGGGCACCGGCAAGAGGGUCUUGACAGCAAAAGAAAGAAAAACUCAGAUAGACGACAGAAAUAAAUUGACUGAGCAUUUCAUUAUUGCACUUCCCAUGCUGCUAUCAAAGUAUUCCGCUGAUGCUGAGAAGGUUGCAAACCUCCUGCAAAUCCCUCAGUACUUUGACCUGGAAAUCUACAGCACAGGCAGAAUGGAAAAGCAUCUGGAUGCCUUACUGAAGCAGAUUAAGUUUGUUGUGGAAAAGCAUGUGGAAUCAGAUGUUUUGGAAGCCUGCAGCAAAACCUACAGCAUCCUCUGCAGUGAGGAAUACACCAUCCAGAACAGAGUUGACAUAGCCCACAGCCAACUUAUUGAUGAAUUUGUGGAUCGAUUCAACCAUUCUGUCGAGGAUCUACUGCAGGAGGGAGAAGAAGCUGAUGAUGAUGACAUCUACAAUGUGCUCUCCACACUGAAGAGGUUGACAUCUUUUCACAAUGCUCAUGAUCUGACCAAAUGGGAUCUGUUCAGUAACUGCUACAGAUUGCUGAGAACUGGAAUUGAACACGGAGCUAUGCCAGAACAGAUCGUUGUCCAGGCACUGCAGUGCUCCCACUACUCUAUUCUAUGGCAGCUGGUGAAAAUCACUGAGGGCUCCCCUUCCAAAGAGGACUUGUUGGUAUUGAGGAAAACUGUGAAAUCCUUCCUGGCUGUCUGCCAGCAGUGUCUAUCAAAUGUCAACACUCCAGUCAAAGAACAGGCUUUCAUGCUGCUCUGUGAUCUCCUGAUGAUUUUUAGUCACCAGCUGAUGACGGGAGGUCGAGAAGGGCUCCAGCCUUUGGUGUUCAAUCCAGACUCAGGCCUCCAGUCAGAACUUCUCAGUUUUGUCAUGGAUCAUGUGUUUAUUGACCAAGAUGAUGAAAAUCAGAGCAUGGAGGGAGAUGAAGAAGAUGAAGCCAACAAAAUAGAAGCUUUACAUAAGAGAAGAAACCUUCUGGCUGCCUUUAGCAAGCUGAUAAUUUAUGACAUUGUGGACAUGCAUGCAGCAGCAGAUAUCUUCAAACACUAUAUGAAGUACUACAAUGACUACGGAGAUAUCAUUAAGGAAACCCUGAGCAAAACCAGGCAAAUAGAUAAAAUCCAGUGUGCAAAGACACUCAUUCUCAGUUUGCAACAGCUGUUCAAUGAGCUUGUUCAGGAGCAAGGUCCCAACCUGGACAGGACCUCUGCCCACGUCAGUGGCAUUAAGGAGCUGGCCCGGCGGUUUGCCCUCACUUUUGGCUUGGAUCAGAUCAAGACAAGAGAGGCUGUGGCCACACUACACAAAGAUGGCAUAGAGUUUGCCUUCAAAUACCAGAAUCAGAAAGGACAAGACUAUCCACCUCCUAACCUUGCUUUCCUGGAAGUGCUCAGUGAAUUUUCUUCCAAACUCCUGCGACAGGACAAAAAGACUGUGCACACCUACCUGGAGAAGUUCCUGACAGAGCAGAUGAUGGAGAGAAGAGAGGACGUGUGGCUGCCGCUGAUCUCGUACCGGAACUCGCUGGUGACGGGCGGCGAGGAUGACAGGAUGUCCGUGAACAGCGGCAGCAGCAGCAGCAAGGCCUCCUCCGUGAGGAACAAGAAGGGCCGACCCCCCCUCCACAAAAAGAGAGUGGAAGAUGAGAGCCUGGAAGGCUCCUGGCUGAACAGGAAUGAGAACAUCCAUACUCCAGGGACACUGCAGACACCUCAGCUCACCUCCACUGUCCUGAGAGAGAACACCAGACAAAUGGGAGAGCAGAUCCAGGAGCACGAGUCGGAGCAGGGAUCUGAACAGGAUUUUUUACACAAUCCCCAGAUGCAGAUCUCGUGGCUGGGCCAGCAGAAGCUGGAGGAUCUCAAUCGAAAGGACAGGACAGGAAUGAACUACAUGAAAGGCAGAAGUGGCGUAAGGCACGCAGUACGAGGUCUAAUGGAAGAUGACGCUGAGCCCAUCUUUGAAGAUGUAAUGAUGUCCUCACGAGGCCAGCUAGAAGACAUGAAUGAAGAAUUCGAGGACACAAUGGUCAUUGAUCUGCCGCCGUCGCGGAACCGGCGCGAGCGCGCGGAGCUGCGGCCGGACUUCUUCGACUCGGCGGCGAUCAUCGAGGACGACUCAGGAUUUGGCAUGCCCAUGUUCUGAAGUCUGGCGAAGACCUUUUACAAACUUGGAACUCUAUUGUUUAGAGCUAGAGGCCUAUAUACUGUGAUAGCUUGUAUGAAAACCACAUUUUUGAUGUGAUACGGUUUGAUUUUUAACCAAAUGAUUGAGGUCAACCCCUUGGUGUAGUGACGGAGAGAAGAGGAGCUUCUUAAUGACACACGGGAAUGUUGGCCAAUCCAGUCACCUCAGAAGGGCUGACCUAAAAAAUCAUUUGUAUCCCUGUUCUUGACUGUCCUAAUACGGAUUUUUUUUUUUCUGGAUGAGGAGGAAGUUUUAAAUUGUUAAGACAGCUGUCAAAAUAAACACUGUUCUACAUAUGUUUUCUGAAAACAACAUUGAGUGAAAACAGAACUUUUUUAACUUUAUUUUUCUGCUGUACAAUUUAAAACGGUUUUAACAUUUGCCUUUUUAUGUUUUCAAAGCUAGCCAUUUUUAUUAAACCUAUGCCUAUCAGCCACUGACUAGCAAGGCUGCUGUAAGCAGGUCGUUCUGGCUACAGAAAAGUGUUUUGGAACACACUGGAUUUGAUUAACAUUAUGGUACGCUUAUGUCCUCUCAUAGGCAUGGAGAAGAACACUCUCAGAGAAGAGGUUAGAAUUCUAAUGACGUGCAUCUCUGCCAAAAAAUUUCAGAUUCUGAUAUGAUAAACCCAGAUUUUAUACUCUUGAGAAGAUUUAUUUUUAUUUAUAAUGGGACAUAAAGUAAGAGAUGUCCAUGAAGCCACUUUUCCAACAGAUGCUGUGUAACAUUCAUUUUAUAUAGCACAUGGGGACACAAAACCAGUAAAUUUUCUAUUGGUACUUGCUCUGUGCAUUUUUAGCAACUUAUACCAGCAAAUAAAGUAUUCUCAGUAAAACACACAAAUGGUUCUCAAGUAAUCACUUUGCUGUUUUUACUACCUACUUCAAGCCUGCCAACACAAGGUACAUAAACAGCAACUUUCCUAUUAAAAAAAAAUAGUUCAAGGGUGGGGGAAAGGAUCACUUUAGCAUACUAAAAGUAAUUUUAACUGUACCAUAAAACAGAGUCUACUUUCCAUGCCGUAAAUACCCUUUUCCGCUAUUUUUGUAAAUUAAUUUUGCCAGUUAGAAGUACUGUAUGUGCUGCAUAGAAAUUUGUGCUUAGAUGGUGAAGUUCUUAAGCUUACAAUGGACUACAGCUACAUUUUCAGUGUUAACUGUGCAUAUUGAGAGUAAUUCUUUGGAAAAAAAUAUGAUUUUUCAAAAAAGCUAAAAACAUCAAAAAAAAUUCCAAAAAAACCCCAAAGCAUUCUCAGCUAAUUCAUUGUACUAAGAUAUUUUUCAAUGUCUUCAAUAAUUUGGAAUUUCAUUAUGCUUCGAUUUUAUGACUCGAUGUAGUAGCUGCUCCUUACCCAGCCUGGCCUGGCACCAGCAGUGCUGGCCCUCCACAGCUCCAGAUCUCCAACAAUUGGCCCCAAAAGCUUCAUCUUUCUGCACUCAGUAGCAGCUGGGAUACAAAGCAGACUGACCCACUUGGAGCACAGCAGUUUCAGAGGUGCUUUGGUUUUAGCAACUGCAGAAUAAUCCCGGAGCUUUUUCUGUUUCAAGCUUUCUGGACACCAGCCCAACCCCUCAGUGCCCAGCACGGGCAGGGAAAGAGCCCAGACUGACCCAGCCCAGCACCUCACCCAGCUGAGCUUGGCUCUCACAACACCUGCAGUUCUCAGACACGGUUGCCAAAAAUGUUUGACCAGGUAAUUCAGCCAUUCCUUAGUGUGGGUUGGGGAUCUAUUAAUCCAAGAAGUAGCUGGAACUUUAUAAACCCUGUUACCUCCCUCUGUGCACCCCCACGGCCUGGGGGCAGGAAUGGCUGCAGGACCUGUCCCAGGGUCACUCUGUGAGCAUGGUGGCACAACAGAUGCUGCCCAGUUUGAGUCAGAGUCUCAGACAAACCUUGUGCUUCACAGUCCUCUGUGUGGAAAACUGAUUCCUAAUUUAACAUUGUAGAAUACUGUAUAACAAACAUUUAUUAUCAUGGUACCUGCAAUGGGUCUCCAGUUCAGUUUGCAGUCAAUAGGUUUUUGUAUUAUGAGUGUCUCCUUGAUUGGUUUUGCUAGUAAUUCUGUAAAUUGUACAUUUACAAUAUGAGGUUUUUUUUCCUUUUGUACAAUUUAAAACUGAUGCUUCACCUUUCAUUUAAUAAACUAUUCAAAAUCAUGAGUAUGAUGA